AUGAAGUGGGAGCAGCCGGGGCAGAUGGAGAGGGGUCUGGAGUCGAAGAUCGGGCAUCCGAUCCAGGUUGACGACGAGCGGUCGAUCUCGAGUGGGACAAAACAGGACAAGUCAGAUCAUUCAAGCUGGAGACCGAAUCGGUCAGGUCCCCACUUCCCGAUCCAGUCCCAGAAGCUGCGGACGAAGGCGGAGAAGAAUGGGGGAUUGAAUGAAGGCUCGGGUGGGGCUGAUCUGGGAAGUUUCUUGGAAGGUGUUGAGGGGUUCAACGCUAAUAGCCGGGAGGCCGAACGGGUGAUGGAAGAAUUCAUGGAUCGUAACCCUGGUUGA